GCGGCUGCAGACUCAGACGCAUCCGUCUCUGUUGCAAGAAAAAGACAAAAAAAACACCCGCAGAAAGGCCACUGCGGGAAGAUGGCGACGGAAAAACAGAAACACGAAGGACGAGUUAAAAUAGGACAUUACAUUCUCGGGGACACUCUUGGAGUGGGGACGUUUGGAAAGGUUAAAGUGGGCCAGCAUGAGCUUACCAAGCACCAAGUAGCAGUGAAGAUCUUGAACAGGCAGAAGAUCCGCAGCUUGGACGUGGUGGGAAAGAUUCGGCGGGAGAUCCAGAACCUAAAGCUUUUCAGGCACCCUCAUAUAAUUAAACUGUAUCAGGUUAUUAGCACCCCUACAGAUAUCUUCAUGGUGAUGGAGUACGUCUCGGGCGGUGAACUCUUUGAUUACAUCUGCAAAAACGGAAAAUUGGACGAAAAGGAGAGUCGACGACUGUUCCAACAGAUCAUUUCAGCUGUAGACUACUGCCAUAGGCACAUGGUGGUACACCGAGACCUCAAGCCUGAGAAUGUGCUGCUCGAUGCACACAUGAAUGCCAAGAUUGCAGAUUUCGGUUUGUCGAACAUGAUGUCAGACGGAGAGUUCCUGAGGACAAGUUGUGGCUCUCCAAACUAUGCUGCUCCUGAGGUCAUCUCAGGAAGGUUAUAUGCUGGUCCAGAGGUGGAUAUAUGGAGUAGUGGCGUCAUUCUCUAUGCCUUGUUGUGUGGGACACUCCCCUUUGAUGAUGAUCACGUGCCAACACUUUUUAAAAAAAUCUGCGACGGGAUCUUUUUCACCCCGCAGUAUCUGAACCCUUCGGUAGUAAGCCUCCUUAAACACAUGCUGCAGGUGGACCCAAUGAAGAGAGCCACCAUCAAAGAGAUUCGAGAGGAUGACUGGUUCAAACAAGACCUACCCAAGUACUUGUUUCCCGAGGACCCCUCCUACAGCAACAACAUGAUAGAUGAUGAAGCCCUUAAGGAGGUUUGCGAGAAGUUUGAAUGCACAGAAGAGGAAGUCCUGACCUGCAUAUACAGUCGCAACCACCAGGAUCCGUUAGCCGUGGCCUACCACCUCAUCAUUGACAAUCGUCGCAUCAUGAAUGAAGCUAAGGAUUUCUACUUGGCGUCCAGCCCUCCGGACUCUUUUCUAGAGGACCAACACCUGACUACGUCUGGUGGAGCUGUGGCCAGCGUCAUCAAGCCCCACCCUGAGCGCGUCCCCUUUCUUUUGGCAGAGACUCCUCCGAGGCCUCGUCAUACACUGGAUGAACUGAACCCCCAGAAGUCCAAGCACCAGGGUGUUAGAAGGGCAAAGUGGCACCUAGGUAUUCGCAGUCAGAGCAGACCCAACGAUAUCAUGUCGGAAGUGUGCCGUGCCAUGAAACAGCUGGAUUAUGAGUGGAAGGUUGCGAAUCCUUAUUAUCUGCGUGUGAGAAGGAAGAAUCCGAUCACGGGCAUGCAAACCAAGAUGAGCCUUCAACUCUACCAAGUGGACAGUAGAACCUACCUCCUUGAUUUUCGUAGCAUAGAUGAUGAUAUGUUGGAGACAAAGUCUGGAACUGCUACUCCUCUGCGCUCUGGCUCUGUGGGGAACUACCGCACCACUAUUAAGAACGAUGUAGACGGAGCAGACGUUUCAGCCACGUCCAGCACUGUACAGCCCACCAAGACUGCUGAAGGCUCCUUGGCUUCAUCCUUGACGUCGUCCAUCGAGUCAUCAGGCGGAGACAGCACAACUGUCCCUCGACCGGGAAGCCACACCAUCGAGUUCUUUGAGAUGUGCGCAAAUCUGAUUAAACUACUUGCACGAUAGCUUGCAAAACAAUCAUAGCUCGCCUUUUCUCCUCUCUGAGUGUCUUUAUAGCAAUAAGCAUGCACCUGAUUCAUGGCUCAGUUCCUCCUGGCUGAGGAUGAAAAGAUUGUUACGUGGCACUGAUGCAGGUUGGUGUUCCCUGAGCUGAACGGAUCUGAGCUGACGGGGUCUGUAAGCGUUAAUGGAAAAGAAAAAUGACAAGCUACUAAACUAGCUAGGACAGAACGACAUUUAGGAAAGGGUCUUACAAUUUUUUGAUCAAUUUUUGAUAGCAGAUGUCCACCUCCCACCUGUAAACAUGUGCAGAAGUGAGGACAUUGAACAUCCAGUCCUGCAGACAGCAAGUCCCAUUUUCAGUGCCGAGAAUAAGGUGUUUUCACCUGCAGAGAAAUAAGGCACAGGUUGAGGUUGUCAACUGAGCGGCAGUCAUACAAGAAGCACUUUGGCACACAUUUCAUUUAUUUCCUGCUGCUCUUUUCUUUUUUUUUUUUCUCAGUGGGUAUCAGAAGUGGUGCAGACCAUCACAUUCAUCAGACUCAGAAGUGCAAUGACGCCUGUGUUUCUGUCAGGGACGAACGAAUGCUUCAUCACAUUUAUGUCUGGUUUUAUCUUUUGUUGAUCUUAAAUGUCAAAGACUAAGUAUAUUCAUGGUUUUAUCUUUGUUGUAAACAAUAGUUUGAAAUUGUCUGUCCCCCUACAUUUUUAUAUUUGAAGACGAGAAUAUAUUUAUCAGUGAAUUAAGUGGAUGGAGUGUUGGUUCUAAAAUAGUUUUUUUUUUCUUUUUUUCUUUUUUCUCGUAUUAAGUUCUAUUGCUGGAUGGUAUAUAUUUUCCUCUUUUUUUUAAAUAUUUUUACACUGUUUUUAAGUCAGUUUUUCUGCUUUGUUUUCUUCAAUCACAAUUAUUCUGAUACUUGAUUAUCUCUUUGUCUUUUCAGAUAAGUAUAGCCUGUUUUACCCUUUAAGACGUGUAUUGCCAUGACAGUCAAUGCUGAAAUGCAAAUACAUUAUUUUCAGUGUCACAUAUUUGAAAUCAAAAUAAAUUAAGGCGUAAUUAUAUAUAACAUAAAACACACAUUUUAUUGCUGUUUUUGGUGAAUAGGAUUAGGGUUCUAAAUGAAAUGCCUUUUGCCCAUGUUCAUUUCAUUAAUGCCAUUCCACCAUCUCGUUCGUGUACAGGGUUCAGUUUGAAAAUUAGUACCAACAGCUGCAUACAAAGCAUUGACAUUUCCUGUUGGCGGGUAUAUUAUGAGCCCAUAAUUUUAUUACUUUUGGGGAUUUUCUUUUCUUUUCAUUUACUCACACAUUCCUUUGAAGUUUGACCACAGUCAAAGGUUUCCAUGUUUAAUUUGAACCAAACGGGUGGAAAUGUGUUUUUUUUUUCUUUCUUUUUCUUAUCCAUAGAUGACUGAAAAAACAAAACAUUGAGAUUGUAAAUGUGGAGCAAAUUUAUAUUUGAUAACAAAAUGCCUGAACAUCCUUGAAAACUCAGUCUUAGUUGAGUUUGUAAGUAUGUGUCUCGUUUUCAUUCCUUGCCCACAGUCUUAAAGUUUAAGUUUGCUUGUUUUGUUGCCUUAUCAUUAUAAGUACUGUUUUCGUUUUUCGAGCAUAAAAUAUAAGACCGUGCUGGUUAAAAUUAUUUGGGGGGGGUGCAAUUUUAAAAGUAGGGUAAGCCAUUCUUUGCUGUUUUCUAACCCAUAACACUUUUUGUCACAUUUAGUGAAUAUCUCACCAUUGCGGACCAUUUUCUGAGUACACUUUAAAAAUAAGUAAAGUUAAAGUUCCCUUUGCUUCAUACACAGCCCUGGCUCUGAAAAAUGGAAACAGUGGUGGCUGCCCCCCCACCCCCCAAAAAAAACAAAACAACAGACAUUGCUCAGUUGACCGGGGUUAGGGUUUGUGCAUGGUAUGGAGUGUGUUUCCUCGGGGAGCAUCGUGAGGAAAUAUAAACAAAUAUCAGCAAAAGUGAUGUCAUUGGGAAAUUGCCUACCCUACCUUUAAAUGUAAAGAUCCAUAUUGUUGGUGUUCAUUCUAAAGUACUGUUAGUUAACAGAUGAUUAUUCAAAGCAUUUGGCAUUACAGGAAAACGAGGGAAGUCCUAACUGUAAAACUUUUGAACAUGUCGCCAAACUACCGAAGACCUCAAUAAUCGCUAGUUAACGAUGACAAUAGGAACGCCAAAGCAAACUUGCAGUAUAAAUUUAGUUUCUCAGUGUGUUAUAUUCAGUACAUUUAAAACUGGUUUUGAGGAACUUUGCACAUUCUUACUGAAAAUCAGAAACUUAAUGUUUUAUUUUGUUUUUAACAAAGAAGUUUCAGUGUUUGGAUUAUAGGUUUCCAGUGUUUAGCUCUCCCCAGAUUUAAACAAUUUACAAUUCUGAGGUAUAAUUUUACAAAAUCACUGACUGUAGCGAGUUGUGUUUUUCUUGAGCUGAAGGUAUGAACGGAUAUUUGACCUUUUAUGUCUCAGAUUUAAACUAAAGUUAUUAAAAUGAUAAAGACAAAACCUCUGUUUUUGGAGAGAUAUUGUCAAACUUAACAUAUUAUUUUUAAAGGGCAGUUGCAAGUGUCGACAACCAAAACUUGUCAUAGAUCAUAUGAGGGGUUUGGAAGGAAAUACGAAUGUGUGCAGGAACAUGAUUUUUCUUUUUUCUUUUUGCCAGCUCAUAGGAAAGUUUCCUGGAAGAUAUUCUGAUUGAUGGGUCUGAAUGGCUGGAAAGAAAUGUUUUAUUUUUGUUUGUUGUGAAAGAGGAAACUACGAGACCGAUCAGUGAAAAUCUGAAAGGAAAUAUUGAUUCAUUUGUAUACACAACUGCCUAAUAAACUGCUAAAUUGCAA